AGCAGUUCAACUCAGUGAAGGUCAUCAUGCACUCCAGUUACAACAGCCACAACCUAGACAACGACAUCAAGCUUAGCAAACCUGCCUCCCUGAACAGCUACAUGUGCACUGUGGUCAUGCCCUGCAGCUAUGCCAGCUCUGGCACCCGCUGGCUGGGGCAACCUACCCAGCAGAGGCUCAGCAGCUGCAAUAGCACUGACCCUGGACAGAUCACCUCCAACAUGUUCUGCACUGGAUUCAUGGAGGGAGGCAAGGAGUCUUGCCAGGGAGAUGCCGGUGGCGGGCAGCUGCUGGGUGCUGUGUCCUGGGGUUACAGCUGUGCCCAGAGGAACAAGCCUGGUGUCUACAACUCCUGGAUCAGCAGCACCAAGUCUUCCAAAUAAUUGAUUUAGACUGGA